AUGACAGGGUCCUCUGAUGACCUUCAUCUAGACAAAAACAUUGGUUCCAGAAUAGCAGCAGCAUCAUUGCAGGUUAGUGCAUCAGCAAAACCAGCUACAGUGUCAGUAUACAAGGUCUAUAACAAUAUCAGAAUCUUGAAGGGACCGGUGAAUUCGUGUUUCCUACAAGUGAUAAUUUUUGUACCUGAUAUGAAUAAAGCAUUUCAUGUCUCAAAGAAGACAUUAUUUAAAGUUACAUUUCAAGGCGGUUUAUGGAAUAGCAAUGCAAUCUUAAACGAAUACGUGCAUAUUAUGGUAAACGAUUAUCUUAUUAUCGGCAGUCGACUUCUGCCGAAUGCAAAUCAACGUGCCACUAUGGGAUUAGGCACAGGUCGAUUUCAGACGGAUAGUAUUGGUGGUUAUAGUUAUGUAGGAAGCUUGAUAUCUUCUCGAUUCAUUGUCUCUCGAACGGCGAUGGUCUGUUUGCCACCUGGAACUUAUAUAUUUAAUGUUGGUGUACGAGCUGAUGAGGGAUCAGAUCGUGUAGCAGGUGGAAUGGUGACAUAUGAAUUAACACAGUUUGAAAAUGAUGUAGAUUUAGGUGACUUAAAGUUAGCUGCAUUUCCAAAACAAACAAGAAGCACUGCACAGUUAAAUGUACAUCUUCUAGAUGUUAUCACUGCUUGUUUACUUUUGUGCUAUGAUUAG